AUGGCGAAGCCCUCACUGCCCCAUACGUCCUCGCCUCAAACAACUCGUUCUCAGUCUACUGAGUACCCUGCUACCGACAAAAAGCCUGAGCCGCGCCGUAGCCUUCCAUUGAGCUCUUCUGCACCCAAGAGCGACUCCUCUCCAUCAUCCGAGCCCGGUACCGCAGUUGAGGAUCGGUUCCAAGCUUCACCGCCGCCAAUUCCGCCCGUGGACGUUACAGACGAGUCGAAUGCGCCAUUUGACGCGCUAGUCAAAGCCACAGCUCGCCCUAUCCCUGUCUACCAGGGAGACCGGACGCCAACCAGCAAGCGCAGCCGCCCCAGGUCAACACACUUCGUGGAAGCGCCCUCGUACUGGGGUGGAGUCCAAACAGCACAGACGCCCUACACGCCACGCUACUCUCCUAGAUCAUUGCAUCCCGGUUACACGCUUUCCACUCCUCAGCCCUCACUACUCCCCAACUUGUUCAUGCCGCAGGCGUGGCCGGCAUCGUCACCUGGUCAAGGAGGCACUGGGUACCACGGCGUCUAUCAAAACCCCGCCUUCGCGCAGCCUCACUCCGCGAACCACGGUGUCCACUAUGCGAACUCUCUCAGUUUGCAAGGCGUGCCGCCGCCCGCACUAGCCGCGUAUACGCCGCCUCCCCCAUCAUAUUGGCCAUACCCUCCGCCUGUUUACCCAUCUCCGCGUGGCAGCCCUAAUGGUGGAUGGCAUGCGAAUGGCCAAUACUCACCGAGCCCUGCCGAUGGCGGACGAGGCGGGCAGACUUGGCGCUAG